AUGACCUUUUGGUCGAUAAUCAGCUAUAUUAAAAGAUUAGCCUAUGAGAAUACUCUUUUAAAUGCAGAGAAUCAUAUACUUCGAAAGGCAAAUGUAGUAUUAAGCAAAUGUCGAUAUGCUAAAAAGAUUCAAUUACGCAAUGAAGGAGUACUUAUUGGACAAGAAGCUGAAGAUAUAUUAUCUCAACAAAAGGUUGAUAUUCAGAUUCAAUGCGACAAGCGUCGAAAUGGGGGGAAUUCUAAUGGGGAAGCAUCUUCUAAUCGAUGCUAUAGAACGGAUCCUUACAUCCCAAGACGUUUCUAUUCUCUCAUCUCUUACCUCUCAUUACGAAUUAGCUUUCCAAAAUAA